AACCAUAUUGUGCACAAUGGAGGAUUAUAUAAAAGGCCUUUCAAUGAAGCUUUUGAAGAAACACCGAUGCUGGUUGCUGUGCUGACCUACGUAGGCUAUGGUGUUCUCACUCUCUUUGGAUAUCUGCGAGAUUUCAUGCGGCAGUGGAAGAUCGAGAAGUGUCAAAAUGCAACAGAAAGAGAAGAACAAAAGGACUUUGUCCCAUUGUAUCAGGACUUUGAAAAUUUCUACAACAGAAACCUCUACAUGCGCAUUCGAGACAGCUGGAACCGUCCAAUCUGCAGUGUGCCAGGGGCCAAAGUGGACAUGAUGGAGAGAGUUUCCCAUGACUAUAACUGGACAUUCACGUAUACAGGGAGAGUGAUAAAGGACAUUAUUAAUAUGGGUUCCUACAACUACCUUGGAUUUGCACAGAAGACUGGGCCUUGCCAAGAAGCAGCAGCUAAAGUUCUGUCUCAGUAUGGAGCUGGGGUGUGCAGCACUAGGCAGGAGAUGGGAAACUUGGACAAACAUGAGGAGCUGGAAAAGCUAGUUGCUAGGUUCCUAGGUGUGGAAUCUGCAAUGGCAUAUGGAAUGGGGUUUGCAACCAACUCUAUGAACAUCCCUGCUUUAGUGCGCAAGGGCUGUCUGAUUUUGAGUGAUGAACUGAAUCAUGCAUCGCUAGUGCUCGGAGCAAGACUGUCAGGAGCAACUAUUCGAAUCUUUAAGCACAACAAUAUGCAAAGCCUGGAGAAGCUGCUCAAAGAUGCUAUUGUGCAUGGGCAACCUCGUACACGGAGGCCCUGGAAAAAAAUUCUUAUCUUGGUGGAAGGAAUAUACAGUAUGGAGGGAUCCAUAGUCCGUUUGCCUGAAGUGAUUGCCCUUAAGAAGAAGUACAAAUCCUAUCUGUACCUUGAUGAGGCUCAUAGUAUAGGUGCCCUGGGUCCCAGUGGCCGGGGUGUAGUUGAGUAUUUUGGACUCAAUCCUGAAGACGUGGAUGUUAUGAUGGGAACAUUCACCAAAAGCUUUGGAGCUGCUGGAGGAUACAUUGGGGGCAAGAAGGAACUGAUUGAUUACCUCAGGACAUACUCUCACAGUGCUGUGUAUGCGACAUCAAUGUCACCUCCUGUUGUGGAGCAAAUCAUCACCUCCAUGAAGUGCAUUAUGGGUGAAGAUGGUACAAGUGUUGGGAAAGCGCGUGUGCAGCAGCUAGCAGAGAACACAAGAUAUUUCAGGAGACGACUGAAAGAGAUGGGCUUCAUCAUCUAUGGAAAUGAAGAUUCCCCUGUUGUGCCUCUGAUGCUGUACAUGCCAGCAAAAAUUGGUGCGUUUGGGCGUGAGAUGCUGAAGCGGAACAUCGGUGUUGUGGUUGUGGGUUUCCCUGCCACCCCCAUCAUCGAGUCCAGAGCCAGAUUCUGUUUGUCUGCAGCUCAUACCAAAGAGAUGCUUGAUACAGCUUUAAAAGAAAUCAAUGAAGUUGGGGACCUUUUGCAACUGAAAUAUUCCCGUCACCGUCUGGUACCUCUCCUGGACCGGCCAUUUGACGAGACAACAUAUGAAGAAACAGAAGACUGAACUCCCUCCAUGUGCCUUGGUGGGAGGGACACACCCCAUGGGACACUCCAUGGCACGCAGGCCGCAGCGUCACUUAUGACUGCUUAGCAUAAAAAGCAUUUCCUCACAGUACUGAAGUGGCCACAUCAGCUCUAAAUGGCAUUUUGUAAAUAGGGAGAGGAGAAAAAAAAAAAGCUUUGAUUCCUGUGUCUUUGGGGUCUGGCCCUAGAGGUGCUUGGCUUUAUUUUUUCUUGUUGCUUUUUUUUAUUUAUUUGUCUCAGUGAGUUCACAGCAACCGGAGUUGGCUGUGGCUGAUCAGCUCAGACUCUUUAUGCACCAUUAGCCUCCCAAAUGCUGGCUGAGAUGUUGUGAGCAUGUGUGACGCUGGCAUGGCAGCAUUUCCAGUGUCACUACUAGGUGUCUGACCUUUCCAGUAAGGAGUGAGCUGACCUGUCUGUUCUUGGAGAAUUCCUAGAGAAACUGUUGAUUGCUAACUUUGACAUAUUUAACAAGACUGAUAAUCAACCAAAGCUUUUUUGUUCUUUCGCAGUAACUCGUGUUUAAAACUUGAAUUUAGCUUUUUUAAAAUAAAUGUGUUGUUGACAUGUCCCCAACAGGACCAUUGUUCCCAAACAUUAUUUAGUUUUGUAAGCCACAGGCAGAAGGACUUCUGGGACUCUAGCCUCUUUUUCUUCCCAGUAUGAAUACCAGAUUGUCUCCUGGUUUUGACAUUAAUGGUUCUCUUGAUAUAGGGUAAGUGAUGGAGAGGGGUUUUGUUUAUUUAUUUUUUUUUUAAAUGGGCUGUGCUUUGUCUUCCUUCUGACAUACUUCUGUUUAAAAAAAAAAAAGUAAAAGGUGGGUUUAGUGUGUGUUGCUAUCUCAUCUUCAGGUUAAUUUCUCUUGCUUUAGAAUUAUCGUAAAACCAUGAACAAGUCACUGCUAAGUUCUAGAAGGGUGCUCUUGGGAUUAAGUAAACCAUAGCAAGCCUUGUGCUUCUUGUUAAGACCAGAACCCCUCGAUAAGAAGGCCUAUGCAAUGGAUGACUGUUAGGAGAACCACUUAUUUCAUGCAGAUCUAUGGAAGACUGCUAUUCUGUGCCACGCUAAUUCAUUGUUUCUUGUCAUAUAUGAGGUGUUCUUCAUUGGCCUUCUUGCACAAGGCUUUUAUGCAAAGUGUAUAGAAAGCUUGGAUCUUGUAUCAUACAUUACAUUUCAUCUAGACAAGAAGGUCUCAGUUGGCAGCCGCAUGUCUGUGUAGGCCUUCUGAAGAGAGAAUGUCCUCACAAUUUCAUUUAGUUUGAGAUCUUUAUUCUUUUGCAUUUCUGUUACUGUGAGAUCAAAUUAAUGUUCACGGAGCCAGUUGCUGUUAGAAAUCUUUAUUUGCAAGUUCCACACUGUCUUACUCUGAUCAAAGUUUAAAAUAGACACCUUUGCUCUAGCACAUCUUAAAGGUGGUUUGCCACCUCAUCAUUGCAUCUUGAAUUCUUUCAGUGAACAGAAUGGAUCAUUGAAGACGUACCAAAAAUUUUGUAACAGGAAUCAGUUGCAGUAUAGUUUGUUUCUGUAUUUUAUACCUUGGACAUGUAGGGUUUCUGCAAAGAUAGUCAAGCUUUAACAUCAUGUCAGUUGGGUUGGGCCAGCUCUUCAAUUUGGAUUAGUGUGAUGCUUUUUGCAGGUGACUGGAGUUUUUUUAAACAGAUUCUUCAUUGUAAUGCUAAAGCAGAGUGCAGCUCAGAGCUAUUUGCCUGGUUCUGCAAAAAAAUUAGUAAUUUUUUAAAAGUUAUUUUACGUUCACUUUGCAACUAAUAGGGAAGGAGCACUUUGGUCACUAGAACCAAGCAGUUCUGCAAAUACAUCUGGUAAUUUAAAGCAGAAUUGGCUUCUAUUUUAUAGAAUAUCUAUCUUAAUGUGUUUGUAGAUCUUGUUCCAUUUUAAUGUAACAGAACUUCAAAACAGUGAUUCAGUUUCUUACCAUUGCAAUUCAGAAAUUUAUUUAGACGAGAAGAACUAAAAUUAAUUGUUUCAAAAUAGGCCCAAAUACUUGUUUUUCUCUUGGUCUGCUAAUGCUGAUUUGCUCAUCUUCUGGAGCAAAGUGUGUGCACAGUCCAAGAAGUCUGUAACCUGUAUGCGCAACUCUGAUAGCUAUGGAAUAGUUUCAUUUGUUCAGCCACAAAGUAAACUGCACUUCCAUGAGCUUACUUUCUUGCCUGCAUUCUGCCCAGGACUAGCUCUAACAUUCCAGCAGAUAACCUGCUUUCUGGCUUCAAGAAGCUUUACCUCAAAAAAUUACUGCUUCUUUUUUUUUUCUUUUUUUUUUUUUUUUUUUUCUUUCUGGAUUGUAGUAGGGAACAAGAGGAGGUUAGUGCAGGAAGCCCUGACUCCAGCCCUGGUCCUAUUGACUUGAUCAUGGAACACUUUAAGAUCGGACAAAAGCAAACAACUUGAAGGCAUAGGCAUGGGUCAACAGGGAGCUGUUUUGAGCAUUCCCAGAUGUACAGCAUGCUUGUGUCUGCUGUGUAGUCAAGUCAGGUUCAAAACUGUGAUGUAUUAAGUUAGAAGUGGGUUAUCCUAGGUUCUACAAGUCUUGAGUCUUUAUCUUGUCUCUGGGAUUCACUUUUAGGUUAGCUUUUCUUCAGAAGGGAGAAAAACGUCUGGAUAAAUAUCAGUAAUUCAGAUAACUCCUCUAUAACUCUUCUGAAAUUGUCAGUGUUUUAAAAUUACUGGUCCCCACUGGGAUUCCAGUUGCGUUUGUUGCGGAAAUUGUGUUCAUGCUGAACUUCUGCCAUUUAGUAUCUUUCUGCUAUGUCACGCUGUCUGCACAUGACUUUGAAUUCUGGGUUGCAAAGACAUUUCAGAAAUCAUUCAGGCAGUUAGUAGCAUUUGCAAACUGCUCGGUUACAUUUCAGCCCUGCCAUAUCCUUUUGGGGAAGCAACCUUCCCCCCACCCCCGGAGGCCUUUUGUUCAAGGGAACCUGUUUUGCCAAAGUCUGGUACCUGUUGAAACGGCCUCUGAAAAAGUAACAAGUCCAAGAUUUCGCACUUUUAAGUCAGUAAUUGACUGAGCGUGAAAGCCAGGAAAAUCUUUUCACAUCUACUAAAAAACUCCACUCCCACAGCUGAAGGAGCAGACCGUUAUGGGUUUGUACGAGGCAAGCCUACAGCACGUAUACUGUCACAGUAUGUGUAGGAUGGAUUGCUGCUUUGAUAUUUAUGUACCGACAGAAAUCUGUCUCCUUUUUGUCCUGGCAGCAGAAGUGAAUGAAAGAACCAAUCUUGAGAGAUCACAAAGGAAGAAAAGCUGCUUAAGAAAUAGACUUCAGUCCCUGCCAACUUUUCUGAGACAUUUUAAUUGAAAAUGACUCCUGGUAUUUCUUAAGAGAUGCAAAAUUCAAGAGAAAAUGAAGGCUGCUUUUGAACAAAGGAGUUUGCCCUGUACUGUACAUUGGCAAAACUUACUUAUAAAUAUACAAUAGUUGCCUUCCUAGUACCUCUUUGAAGAACUUAGCAAGCAAGAUUUUGCCUCUGCUGAGUGGAGCGAAGAGUUUAGAACCAUUAUAGUUUUCAAGGCUGAUGGCCGUAUUCUUUUACUCUUAAGAAAACUGAGAAGCUCCUAUUACCGAGCAUCAGCAAAGAGUGAGAGAUCUGCUUCUUGUUAGAAACUGGCCUUCCCAAGCAGACCUUUGUCUUAAGGAGCCUGAUUCAUAAUUUUUCUUUAGUUCUUUGGCAAAGAAGAAACCAAGGUUUUUUGUGUCAAAAUAUUCAGGGCUUUUUUCUUUUUUUUAUUAAUACAAAACACAAACUUUUGUAUAUUAUCUGUGUAUAUGGUAUGUUUAACUCUUUGUUUAGUGUCUGUAUUUUUUUUUCCCCUUCUAAGUAGCAUCCUUAAAGAGCCGUUCUGGUUCUUGGGUUACUGAUGUAGCACACUUCUGCUUUAGACUUGGGAGUGAAUUGACCGAACAUCUUACCGUAAUGAAGUCGUUCAGUGAAGGAAUUGCUUCAUCCAUCCUCCUUCUUGCUGUUUCCUCUAAGAGUGCAGAGGUGGUACCCACUGUCAGAGCUGCGCCUUCACACAGUGCAGGAAAGGGAAGUGUGCCCAUGAAAUCAGUGACCCAGUCCUGUGCUGUGUGGGUGAAGGACUGAUACAGCAGAGGUGGAGAAAAGGGGCAGAGUUUCAUCGUUUAUUCUCAGUGGUGCAGGGAUCCUUCACGUGCAGCUGAACAAGCGUCCCUAAGACAGGAAUCCAACUUUCAGUGCUCAAAGCUAAAACCUUUCCACACCAAGUAAAUACUUCCUCUCCUGUGCAAAUUUUAAUUUCUUUAUGUCCAACAAGUAUUUGGCUUACAGCUGUUUGCUCAUCCAGAAGCCAUGUUAUCCAUUCAGGCAGAUCAUAGGAAAGGUUGGAGGAAAGCUGUGAGCGUGAGCUCUCCAUUCUCCAAGAGAACACCUUGCAGCUUUGGAUCCGGAGCGCUAUGCAUGAGCUCCCUUGCUGCAUCCCUGAGAAGGAAACUUACCCCAAUAUACAAUGCUCAGUCAACAUUUAUACAGUUUAUAUGUACAGUUUAUAUGUAUUAUUUUUACAGUUUAUACUUAGCACGCUUGAGACUUUCACAGUCUGGGAUCUGUGUGGGUGUUACCUUCUGCACAGGGAUCCGAGGUACCUGCAGUCUGUUCUGUUUUAGCACUAGCGAAGCACUGAGCUGUCUGGGAACACCUAGCACGACCCCCCCCAGCAGCUGCAUCCCUGGCUUUGGCGCUGGACCUGGCACCCAAGUGGCAUUGGACCACUGUUCGGGAAACGCUCUUAUCACUGGACCUGUGUAUCCUGAACGUGGUUUUCAAAGAAAGAAAGAAAAAAAAGAAAAAAGAAAAAAAAAAAACCACCCCACAACUCAGAUGCUGUUGUGAUGCCUUGUAUUCCUGUAAACAUCCCCAGCCUUGCAGUCGUUCACCUGUUUAAAGGUUUGGGUGAGAAGUUAGAGCACAACCAUUAAGUGUUUGUGUGAAGGAUUGUGCUUUAUCUCUCACUAAGAAGAGAAGCAUUUGGUGCAGACAUUGGAGCUGUAAUGUUUACAUCCCCAAAAGGGGCUGGGUGAAGUUGAUGAUGACUGUGGUGUGUGGUGAAGGCCUUACACUGUGACUCUUGGUAUGAAGAAUUGAAAUUAAAACUGAAGAAUGCAGUGGAUUUUAACCCGUGGAAGAAUACUCUGGGCUCUAAGUUAAGCAAUUAUGUAUUGCUGUUUUCUUGGGAAAGAGGGAGAAGUUUGAUUCAAUUUGUGUUUGACCCUGGCUAGCACCUGUUUAAGGAACAGGAGAUGUGUCUGUAUAUGAAGGCCAAAAAUAGUGCGGUUCUCUGCACCCAUGUUCCUUUGUAGCAAGCAGCGGUAACUUGUUCCUGGGCUGCUGAAAGCGGGAAAAUUAUCAAGAAGGUCAGGGACUUCAGAAGCGGUGGCAGCUAGCAAAUUAAUUUCCUCAACAGUAGGUGAACAGGUCUCACAUGAAUAUGCCAAGGGUUGGUGCUGUUCCAAAAAUACCCAUGGCAAAGUGAAACAUGCACCAACCCAUCUGACUGCUGUAAAGCUUUUUUUUUUUUUUCUUUUGCCAAAUCUCAUCCUGUUCAGACAGUAUUUCUGCUACCCCCUAACGGUAUAUUAGGCUAAAUGCACCUCCAGCUUUCCAAUGUUAUUAACUUCAGACGGUUUGAGAGAGAUCAGAGUAACGUUGGAGCCUGAGGCUUUAGGCUAGCAGCCCCAAAGCCAAUGGUGGCCCACAUUUCCACAUGCCCUGGGCAGAAUUACCAAGUCACAGCACUUUGUCUUAAAUUGCACUGUAUUCUUAUGCCUCUGUGUUGCUAUAAUGUACAUAUAUAUUGGGAUUUUUUUGUAGAUAAGACAUUUUAGAUAAAAUUUUUAAAUGGGCUCCCCCCAAAAUAUUUUAUGCCAGAUGUCUAAUUUUUUUUACACUCAGGAUUAACAUGAAGUUGGAUGCUCUGUGGGCAGGGAAAAGGUAAAUGGAUGGUACAUUGGCUUUAAAAAGGUAACAAUGCAUGUUAAAAAAAA